AUGUUCCAGGCAUUCUGGGAUAUAUAUCUGAGGGACCCGGGUAUUGGCGCUGCACCGAUCAUUCAGAGCGUUGAGCUGAGUGCUGAUUUCCAUGUUCGUGCCGUUAUGGUCCAGCACGAGGCCUUCGCCUCUCUGUCUCUUCCUCUUUAUCUCGCCGUCUAUCUUUCAUGUGUUUCGCAGAAUGGAGAAGCAAGAGAAGUGUUGCGGAAGAGGAAGCAGAGGAAAUUGGGGAUGAAGGGUGAGCGGGCGAUGAGGAAGAUGAAAUUUGGAAAAGUGAAGUCAGAGAAGUGA